AAUACUUUUUUGCCCCAUUGUGUGUGUGUGUGUAUAUAUAUAUAUAUAUAUCCUAAUGCCUAGUCACUUUACCCUUCCUUCAUGUACAAAUCUACUUCAAAUACCUCAUAGCUUUGCAUAUUGAUCUUGUUCUGGUAGUCCCUGUAGAUCAUUCCAUUCUUGUGUAUGAUAUUUUAUUCCUCUUGUGUUACUAUUUAAUUUGUAUCAUUAUUUGUCAAAUCUACUCUGCAGCAUCAUUGGGAAGGGCUCGUAAAAAAGAAUUACAUGGUUAAGUCUACACCACUUGUAUUCAGCGCAUGUGACAAUUUUUCUUUGAUUAGAUUUAAGAUAUGUUAUGUUUUGGUGUGUGAUUCUUUCAUUCAACACACAAUAAAGACUCUCUUGCAGCAGCAAGACAUGUGUUGUAGUACCACCACGGUUUUUGACUAGAGAAUCUGCUUGUUUAGAUGCUUUGGGAUGGAUGAUGGAUCCUCUCCAAAUGCAUCUUAUCCAAAAUCCUCGUUCCAUCUGCCAGCUUGCUCACAAAUGGUCCACACAGCAGGAUCAUGGCACACAGCUACACUGCAUCUACAGUUCUGUGUGUUGAGUGUGUACAGUAUGUGUUGCGUAGCAUGCAGGGUAAGCUAUUCUGUCCACUCCACUCUGCACCAAGCACAGCUCACUGCCCAAGUCCUGUCCCAAUUGCCUUGCUAAGGCAGCUUCUGAGUAAGAUUUAUAAUACUUAUAACAUUAAUACAUUGUAGCUUGGUGUGAUGUAAUCAAAUCAUUGUUUUAAUAAGAGCAGUAGGUCUACAUGAUUGGAUAGUAGUAAUUUACUCAAACGAGUGCUUUGAGGGUAAUUUAUAUAAUGUUGCAUUACAGACAGAAACAAAGAUGGCAGACAGUAAUUGUAAUUACACGUGUAUAGUCUUUUGUUGUGAGACGUGGCGUGACAUGACUGUGCAGGUUCCCUGCAGGGAUGUCUUUGAGCUGCCAGCCAAGCUUCAGCUGAACAUAAAUCAGGGAAAAGGGUUUUUGCUGAUGAGAAUCAGCUCUACUGGCUGAAAUUGUCUUGUUCAUAGUGCUUUAAUCCUCACCUCACCUUUAAUCCUCAACCAGUUAAACUAAUGAGGGCAAUGGAAUAUCCUUGUUGCAUAAUUGAACAUUUGGUUAUUGAUCAAUAACCAAUUUUGAGAGAUUGGAACUAUACAUUUCUAUCUGCAAAAAUAUAAUUCUGAGAUAAUUGGCUAUAACGUUCCAAACCCUCAUUGGUUUGAAUGGUGUCAGCAACUUAAAAACACACUGGAUGAAGAAAUUAGCCCUAAUUGAGGUCAGUAUCAUUGACAUCAGGUUAGCCCAGUUAGGUCCUUAUUAAAAGUGGUUAGAUUAAAUCUACUAUGCAGCAUAAAAAUAUGUUUUUGAGGGGGUGCCCUUUACGUUGUUUAAUUACGUUGUUUAAGGAGUCGUCUUUUACGUUGCUUGAUUACGUUGUUUAAGGAGUCUGCCUUUACGUUGUUUAAUGAUGUUGUUUAAGGAGUCUGCCUUAACGUUGUUUAAUUACGUUGUUUGAGGAGUCACCCUUUACGUUGUUUCAUAGGCUUACCUUACCUGGUAAGUGAAACUGCAGUUUGAAAUAAUUCAGUAUGUCACAAUAUAAUUCAUUUCAAUCUUGGCAUAUUAAACAAUGCUUCUAUAACACUUUAUUCUCUGUCCUUGGAUGUGGAAUAUUGCUGCAUUGGUGUUAGUGGUGGCAGGGUCUGCUCUGAUCAGUCAACCUGCUGUAUGACCAAUGGAGGAUACGCCUGCUGUCCCUUCCCUGAAUGAGUACGAAACAAAUUUGACACCACUAGUAUAGAUGUAGUUCUUCAAUGGUGAAACCAACUUUUUGGUCAAAACGAGACCCUCAUCAGACCUCACUGAGAGAUAUUAGAGAUUCAUUACAUAUGAAUUACAAGGUAUUCACAGAUCACCUCAUAACUUUUAUUUUCACUAUGUUUGUUUUCCUAGGCAGUGUGUUUGUAAGUAGUGUUGCUCUAACAUAACCCACUGUUGCCUGUCCGGAUACAGCUGCAACACCACGGAACAGAUGUGUGCGAAAUAUUACCAACCAUAGAGCAGUGUGCCCAUGCUGAACAAGGUGGCUGCAGAGGAACCACGCUCUCCUGUCUCUCCCCCACUUGAGUCUGAUAUCAUCCCAGAGCAAUGCUGCAGCAAUUCUGCAGCAGUGGAGAGCUCUGUCUCUAUGGUGCACUGUGAUUGCUCAAAUAUCUGCCCUGCUGCUGUCACCCCGAGGGCGGGUGGAGCUGCUGUCCAUUUUCCAAUGUGAGUAGUCUUUCUGCUUGUAUGUUUGCUUCAUGGUCUAGUUCAGGGGUCUCAAACUAAUUUUGCCUUCGGGCCACAUUUGAUCUUCUUCCCCAAAGUCCAGAGGACAGCAUUUGGCCCACAGGGCCCAGAUUCACAAAACCUUCUUAAGAAGAAAUGUAUUCUUAACUGACAUUUUUUGGGGAGGAGGACAUGGCUACUUAGGAUUCAGUCGCAUGUUGUUUGUUUGUUGCCAUUUAUGUUAUUAAAGGUGGUAGCAUAUUGAAAAUAACCUACGGAUAAAAGUAUUUUAUAUCUUAGAUAUAACCAAGGUCAUUACAUGUUUUUUUGCGUGAGACGGUUUUGCGUGUUUUGUGAAUCUGGGCCCGCAGGCCGGUAAUUUGAGACCACUGGUCUACUGUAACUUUACAUCUUGGAUAACAGGAUAAAUAUAUAUUGUAAAAAUAUAUUGUCGUUAUUCAGUUUUGUUAUUAGGAUAGUAUGUAAUUCAUGCUUGUUACGUUCUACUUACAUUAGUAACUACACAGUAAAGUUAGUCAUAUUUCUAUAAACAGCAUUGUUAAUUAAACAUUUCUACUUAAAAUGUGUAACAUCAAAGCAUGAACUUGUAUAUUGCUGUUUCCUAGAGCGUGUGCUGUCUGGAUGGUGUCCACUGCUUUCCUUGUGGUUAUAAGUGUGACCGCAUACACACUAAGUGUCUGAAGACUGAUGGCCUGAGGUACCCCUUUAUUCCGAGGCAGGCCCACUUCCUUCCUAUGAUCAAACUCACCAAGAUAUCCAAGGUCAACGACCAGGUGCCACAAUAUAUUCCAGACAUAACAAAUAUAGUGUGUGAGCAGCUAGCGCUGUUCACUUUCUGUCAAUACAUGACACUUUGUCCACAGUUUAUCAUCAGUCAUGACAUUACAUUCUCAGACAAAGGCACGCUGGAUGUCAGCUUUAUACCAUUAAUUGAAUUGAGACAUUGUUCCUGCUCACUGGUAUUGUGUUGCUUUGGUGUUACUACCCUGAGAGUAAGAUCUUGAAGUUGCGGUUUUCUCUUCUUUUAGCAGGUCCCAUGGACACUACUUGGUUGCCGUUGACAGCACCCAACAUGGCUGGGUUAUUCACUUCCACAGGAAAUCAACUGACCUCCAGCUACAGUAACCCGUUGUGGCAAGGGAAACACUGGAAAAUACUGUUUACAGCUAUCUAAGCCAAACUAACAAGAUUUUAUUUUGAAUUACAUUUUGCCUAACUACUGAGAUUGGGAUUGUACACUUUUUGUGAAUGCAUUAUAUGUACAUGAAUGGGGAAUCAUGACACCCACUCAUUGUUGAUUUCAUAAAACAGACAGGUCAAUAAAAUAAAUGAUAUUUAUUGUGUCUAUCUACUGGCUACAUUCAUUAAGGAUGUGGGUUGGGGUUGUAGGGUAACAUGGUAUCAACAUCUUGUACUGGUUUUUCAACCCCUGAUAACUAGCCAGUACUUCUACCACCAAUUUCAAAUGUUUUAUGGAAAUAUAAAUUAUGCACAUGGAAGCAAACUAUUUUUGGCUGCUGACUCCUGGGGAACAGAGAAACAGGAGGGACAUCUGCUGUUGGCUACUGCAUAAAUGUUGGUCACCCCUAAGAAUUAUGAUUUGUUUGGCUUUAUGUUGAAGUAAAACAAUUAUGCAUAAUUCUGGUUCUGGAAAUAAUAAAAUAAUAGGUAAACAUUCAUGCACUCAGUAUAUGGAUGUAUUACGCGCAUUGCAACUAAAUGACCAGAUUGUCCCUGCUUGACACUCCUGAUGCAACAAACAAUUAAUUAUGGCUAAACUCUGCCUACUUCUACAAUUUAUAUUCUUAAAAUGCAAUGUGAAACCUAACCAUAAUGACACUGCUAAACGUAUGCCUAACACUAGACAUAACUGUUUUUUCAUACAUUUUUACGAUAUAGCCAAUUUGCCUUUGUGGCUGUGGAUUCUAGUGGAAACCACUUCCCACCCGGGGCGUUUCUCCCACGAGCAAGUGUGCUUGUUUGUAACCACGGCAACGUCGGUCGAGCAAAGGCAAAACAAGGUAAUUCCCCCCAAAAUUCCCAAGCAUGACUGCAACAAUGUCCAAGUCUCCUGGGGCUGGCAUGUAUCCCCCAGUAGCAAAACUCAACUUGGCUGCAGACCCCAGGAAGAUGCGCAGGAUCAUUGCAGAAGAUCCAGAGUGGUCCCUCACUGUAGUGCCCCUUUUAUCCAACCUCUGCCUGCAACACAUAGUGAGAAACUUUGAGGAGAAGCCCAUCCUCGAAGAACUUCUUCCCAGGCACAAAGACUAUGUCCUGGAGAGGCUCUCUCCGUCCCUGCCCCUGCAGGUGACUGCCAACCUGAUCAGCGACGACGGCUACUGGAAGCGCUGCUGCAAACAGCGCUGGGGCCUGUGUGACGUCUCCUCAUACGGCCACAGCUGGAAGCGCAUGUUCUUUGAGAGGCACCUGGAGAACAUCAUCGAGCUCUACAUUCCUGAUGCCACUGACCCCAAGACGGUGCUGGGCAUGGUGCCUCUGUGCCGGAACUACGUGAAGAGGCUGGACAUCUCACAGCUGAUGCCGCCAAUCAAGGAACCCCAGAAGUCAGAGGACGAUGACAACUCGGACUCGGCCAGCGACAUGGGCAUGGAUGGGCCAUCCAUGGACCACUUUGACUUUGGCAUCCUGCUGGACAAGCUGAGCCACCUGGAGGAGUUUCACGUGGUCUACCGGGUCAAGGGAUGCGGCAUGAACUUUGAGUGGAACCUCUUUGAGUUCACCUUCCGCGACUGCGAGUCUCUGGCCAAGGCCUUGAAGUCCUGUAAGACCUUGAGGAUCUACCCGCCCCAUACUAUGCUAUCGCCGCAGGUGCUGAGGAUCCACCAAAGCAAAGUGGAUGACGAGAAGUGUCGUCAGCUUGUGAACAACCUCCUGGACCACCCGUCCCUCAGGGAGCUCAACCUCUCCCACAACCUUAUCGGGGACCGGGGCGCCCGGGCCAUCGGCAAGCUGCUCAACAGGAGUAAGCUGGAGAGACUCACUGUCUACGACAACAACAUUCGGGGGCUGGGGGCCCAGGCUAUAGCCUAUGCCCUGGCCAAGAACUCCAGCCUGCUGUCCCUCAACCUGCGUCUGAACCGGCUGGGGGACGAAGGUGGCCAGGCCAUCGCCCAGGCCCUGCUGAAGAACCGCACCCUGAAAUGGCUGCACCUGGGAGGCAACGAAAUGACAGAGCCCACAGCCACGGUCCUAUCCCAAGUCCUGGUCCAGAAUAAUACGCUGAGGAGCAUCAACCUGUCUUGUAACAGGCUGGGUAUGGAUGGUGGUAAAGUGUUGGAGGAGGGCAUGUGUCACAACAGCAGCAUGGUGGAGUGUGAUAUCCGCCUGACAGAGGUGGGCCAGGAGAGCGACUACUGCAUCAGCCAGGUGCCUUUCCACUAUCAAGAAAGAGUGUUAAAACAUACCAAUAACGUUGAAGGAAAUAAUCAACAGUGCUCUGCCAUUGCAAAGUAAGUGUAUAUCUCAUACAGCAUCAGAUUGGCCGCAGGGUCUGCAAUUGAAAUUGUACUGUAUUUACAAGAUUCAUUUUCCUUGUACAACACCAUUUUAUAUAGAAAUGUGUCGAUUGUUGAUCUGAAAACCCGAAACACUUCCCUGUUGUCGAGUACAUUUGAGGAUUAGCAGUGUUUAAUAAAACACCACAUUUUAUGCAUUUACUGGUGACACAAUCGACUAAGCACAAGAAACACGACGACAGUCCUAACCUACAAUCUCUAUAUUACUUACAGUACAAAAUCGUUCUCCUGCAAUCCUGUUUUAAGCCACAAAAUUAUACACAACAUUAUAAAAAGAGGAGCCCCAAAAGCAUUCUGGGUGUGAGAGUACAUACAGUAUUAUAAGGUAUUACUCCACUUUAUACACACAAUAAAGGGUUCCAUGUAGGGUUGCAAAAUUCCGCUAACUUUCUCAAAAUUCCCAGGUCUUUCAGAAAUCCUGGUUGGAAGAUUCAGGAUUUCCUGGUUAUGCCCUCCUGUUUCUGGGAAUUUACCAACCGGGAUUUUGGGGAAGGUUACCGGAAUUUUGCAAGCCUAGUUCUAUGUUACAUUAGGAUAAAGGGUUUGAAGUUAACAGUCUGUGGUAGGAAAAGAUUUUCAGUUUUUGAAUUGUUAUUAAAAAAACUCAGUUUGAUAACCUUGGUUUGCUGUACUUGUAUACUAUUUAUGGUUUUAUGGUUAGUAAACAUAGCACUGUUAAACACUUGUAUUUGUACACAAUUACAUAUCACAGUGACGCCAUCUGAUAUAACUGUUUUAUCUACAUUAAAUGAACUUUUUUUUUAUUAGUGAGAGGCUGGUCAGUGAGCAAUGGACUAUUGAGUCUGUAAUGCCGGUAUCACUAUCUUUUUUUGACCAUUGUUGAAGUCUAAAACUCUGGGGCUUCACUAUCUGCUGUUUCCAAACUUCAGCCCAUCCCAGACAUAAUAGGAGUGAUCUAAAUAAAGAGGGCAUUCUGUGACUGAGUGAACUGUGCUUCCCAUGACGUGCGUGACCUCCAGCUAGGUUAUAAUAACCUUCUAUCAUCUGCUAUAGGAGCAUCAGUAUGGUUACAGAGCUGUGUCACAUGCCGUGAUUAAAACCCCAUAAAGGACACCAUUCGUUUCAGCUGAUACACACGGUCAAAGCCUCUGACACUUUAAGGAACUGCAGAGCAGACCGAGACCUAGGAGUGUUGAUCUAGGAUCAGGUCUCCCCUUUUUCAUUAUGAUCUGAAAGGCAAAAAUGAUUCUAUAUCAGCACUCCUACUCUGAGACUGUGAAUAUGGGCACUUAAGUGCAUCCUCAUAGCCUCCUAUCUGGAAAACAAAUCAAACAGCACUGUCAAGUCAGCUGAUAGGGAUAAUAAGAAAAGGUUAAGGGGUAGAAUUUAUGACAAAUGUAAGGUGGAUAUCCUGACUACACUCCUGAGUUGGUUAUGGGGGUUGCAUAGAUGCGCUUUAGAUGAGGUGAGCCACAACUAACCAUGACAGGACUCAGUGUCUUGUGGUUAUGACUGGUGUGUAUUUUUUGUUUGCUGCUUUAUUGUAUAGCUAAAGUGUUUUUUGGUUUAUUGUCGAGAAAAUGGGAUUGAGGUUGAACAACUUCCUUUAAUUGCUUCGCAUCUAGUUCCCUAAAAUGGCCAGUAGCAAGUGACGUUAUAAAGGUAGUAGGGUGCAAGGAAGAAACGCAUCAAGAGAAAGAAAUGCUAUUACACUCUCUGCUAGAGAUCUACCAGUAUAUUGUUAAUGCAAUUUUUGUUCGUGGGAUGAUCAGCGGAUUUCACAAAAUAGGUGUAUGUUUUUUCAGAAUGAGCAGAAUGAGUUUAUCUUUGACAGCAUUGGAUUAUUAAGUGGUCAAUCCAAUGUUUACAGUCAAUUCAAUCACAUAUCCACAUCAGUCAAUAAUGCUAGUCAUUUCUGAGAUAAGAACGGGAAUUUGAGGUCAGUAGGAUACAUAAAAUGGAGAAAGGCCUAUCUAUCCUUUGUGUAUAUAGAUCUAAUGACAAUGUGUGAAUUGUAAGUAUGAGUCCUGGGCAUAGAUUACUGAGCUCUGCCGUCACCCUGAAUUCAUCAGAGUUGUUUUCUGUUAAAUAGCAGAGGCCUCUGGGCCAGAAGUGACUGGCUAGCUGUCAGCUUAGCUCUUAUCCCGGGCCAUAUUGACUCCAGCUCCUAGGGUUAGCUUUAGUUUGAUCACAGCAACAAAGCCCUUUGACCGCUACCUUCAAAACCAUUUAAAGAGUUAUUUACAAAAUGUGUGCGUAUAUUUCAGUGGACUGGGAGAAGUGGGUUGGAUUUUUCACUUCAUGAGCUGGGCACCCUUUCUGUGUACUUUAUAAGUGAUUGGUCCUAGGUGUGAAUUCUACACAUUUAUUGAACUUAUUUUUAAAUGUACCUUGCCUUGCUUUGAGACUUUGCUAGUGGAAAUAAGCCAUUAGUACAUAGAACAUUUGUUCAGUUGUGAUCAUGUUUAUUCUCAUAUCUUCAAAAAUCCUCCUGGUUUAUUACUAAAGCUGACAUUAUCAGUGUUUGAACACAGCCCUCAGUCUAUUUUGGGUCUCUGUGAUGGCUGUCUGGCUGUUUCUGAUAGGCAUCAUCAGAAUCAGCACUUGGUCUUGCUUUUAAACCUACUUUUUCUGACAAUAGACAAAGCACAUCUUGAAGUUUUCAGGGCCUGAUCAUUGGUGCCAGCCUCAAUUAAAUGUCCUGUCUCAUCAGUAUAUUGCUACUUAGAAGAGAUGCAGUGAAAGUUGAUUUGCUCUGUUGCUGCCUUUGUAUUUCUGGUUGGUUGGUUGGUUGGUUGGAUGAAUGGUUAGGUGAGCUACAGUAUGUUGUUUAGGUAUGGUUUUGGAUGAAUGGUUAGGUGAGCUACAGUAUGUUGUUUAGGUAUGGUUUUGGAUGAAUGGUUAGGUGAGCUACAGUAUGUUGUUAAGGUGUAGUUUUGGAUGAAUUGGUAGGUGUGCUAUGUGGUUUAGGUGUGGUUUUAAGCCAAACUUUAAAGCACCCACAGUCAGGCACUUAAAUCACAAAAACAAAGAAGAGGUAGUUUGAAGGAAAUGAUUGUUCAUAUAGUAAUUAAUAAUAAUUUUGUGUUCAAAUAUUAAUUGGAAAUAGGAGAUAUGCAAUGCUGAGGUUAUUAUUGACAGCUGAGCUGACAUGAUAUAAUCACAUUGAUGUUGUAUGUAUUAAGUCAAUCAGAAAUGCAUUAACAUGUAGUGAAGAGUGACAGUCAUUUUGACAGUAACGAAAAUUAUUCGAUGAAAGACUUCUCUCAUGGAUUCAGUUUGAAGUAUUUGUACCAUUUAGUCCCCCUGAUCUAAAUUAUUCAUGGAUCUGACUAUGUUACUAUAUUUAGAGGGUCAGGAAGUGGGAAUGUUAUUGCAUCCUGUGAUAUUUGAUUCCCGUUGCUAAUUAACUGGAUGUUGUAACUGCUGUAUCUCUCAUCAUCAUUAUCUUGAAAGAACAUUAAUUCCGUAAAAAGAUCUCUUGUUGGCCUCAAAACAAACAACUACACCAUCACAUAGCCCCAAAUGUGUUUCAAAUUGUAAUGUUUUAAUAAAAAAUGUAGAUCUGC